AUGAUACUUACAGGUCGAAUAAGAAAUCUAAUUGUGUUCUGGGCCAUUUCCAUGAUGGUUCUAUUCUAUUCCCGAUCCAAUAAAAUUUUUCCAAAGCCUCAAUUGAGAAAUUUACUAAUAAUUUUUAUUAAAGGAACUCCAUUUGUUGGGGCUGAUGGGCGUAUUCAAAGCUGUGCUGUAAGUACCUCCAUGAAUACAUGCCCAAACAAUUAUUGGUGCCAUGUGGGAGCGAAUGCUGCUAGCACUGUUUGCUGCCCGGAUGCAAAUCCAAAUCCUUGUCAAUUACCAAUGUCUACAGGAGAGGGUUUUGCCCAGUUGGAACGUUUCUAUUAUGACUCAGCUUCAAAAACCUGCAAAAGUUUUUUCUACAAGGGGCUUAAAGGAAAUCAAAAUAAUUUUCUGAAUUUGAGAGCGUGUCAACUUGCUUGUCUCCCUCUAGACAACCCUUGUAUUGGUCAACCAGCAAAAAGCGAGAGUGGACAAGUCUUCUUUUGCUCUGCAACAAAUAGAGAUACUUGCCCUGUCAAUUUUUGGUGUCAUCUUGGAGCAGUUCCAGAAACUACUGUUUGCUGUCCUGGAGGCAAUUUAUAUUUCUUGAAAUUUGACGAAAUAUAUUUCAAUUUUAGCCACAAAUCCUUGCUCUGUUCCGUUAGCACCUGGCACAGGAAAUGCAGGGCUAGCGAGAUGGUUAGAAAAUAA